GAUAAGGAAAGGCGGGGCAGUGGCCGAUGGUUGCCAGGCUAGCAUAUUUAGCUGGGUACUCGGGACGCUAAAGCAGUGGGUCUGUUUAGAGGGUUUGGGCUGAGGGCCUGGGCCGGAACAGAGAACGGGAGCUACGUCGCCGCUUGUACAUUUCCAGGCUGCUUCUAGGGCCUCGAUCUUGUCCCCUCUGGAUCCCUCCCUCUCGCCGCCUUCCCUAGAGCCAGACACCCAGGCCCGGGCUGGAGUCGCAUCCCCACCACAGCCGCAGGCCCUGGGGAUCACCAUUCCCCACUUCACUGGCCCAGGCCGGACAGAGCCGCGAAACUCACCCACCAGCCCCUCUAAGCAAUCGCUUCCCUCCCCGGUGGUCGGUGUAGUGGUUGGUUACCAUGGUGAAGCUGGCCGCCAAAUGCAUCCUGGCAGGAGACCCGGCCGUGGGCAAGACCGCACUGGCACAGAUCUUCCGCAGCGACGGGGCCCACUUCCAGAAGAACUACACGCUGACAGCUGGGGUGGAUUUGGUGGUGAAGACGGUGCCAGUCCCUGACACAGCCGACAGUGUGGAGCUCUUCAUUUUUGACUCAGCCGGCAAGGAGCUGUUUUCUGAAAUGCUGGAUAAGUUGCCUCAGCUUGAUCCCUGGGGUUCAAGCCCCACACCCCCAGGAAGGCCUGGACAAAAGAAAAUAAAUUCAGGCCACACCAGGUGGGAGAGCCCCAACGUCCUCUGUCUCGUCUAUGACGUGACCAGUGAGCAGUCCUUCAGCAACUGCGGCAAGUGGCUGGAGAAGGCUCGGGCUCAGAUUCCAGGCGCCUCCCUCCCAGGUAGGAGCUGCCAACGUGUGUUUCCAGCAGUGCCUCUGUCCUUCACACACACACACACACACACACACACACACACACACCUGCCCGGGUCCCUUGCAGAGAGGUCACCGAGGGCUCAAAGCAAGGCCCUGAGGCUCCGACUCCGACGGCCAGGACUGUGCCCUGGCUCUGCCUCUCAGUCUCUGGGUACAGUGAUGUGGCUGUCACCCACCUGGCAGACUCAAGGCAGUGGGGGAGGUGCUGUAAUAGGAAUUGAUAUUUUCACAAAGCUCACCCCAGGGAAGGCUCCCUCGUGUGCUCCUGUAUAUGGGGCACGAGUUGCAUUCAAGUCCUGUUGUCAUUUCUGAAUACUUUAAAUCAGUUUAUUUCUCAUCCCUCCGUGAGAUCAACAAAUUCUCCUCAUUACAGACCGGGGAAAGUGAUCUCCAGAGACCAGCUCAGAAAUUAGCUAUAGCCAGUGCAGCUGGGAGCAGAACUAAAUUACCUCUGAAUCCCUGACUCUGAGCCCAGGCCUGAGAUUAGUGUUAAUGACCAUUUUUAAAGUUUGCCCCAUGUGCUAGGAACUAUCAGAGCUGCACACAGAAGUGGGCCCUCACCUGCAUGACACUUAUAAUCUUAAGGAAGUGAGGGGUACAGAGAUAUACAAGAAGCAAAAAAAGGCCAGGCACAAGCUGUGUGUACAAGGCAGAGACCAUCAGUUCUCUUGGGGCCCUGGGGUCCAGCACGAGACCCCUGGCCUUCCCUCUUGGUGCCCACCCCCUCAUCAGGCAGCUUCUCAGACCAUGUUCUGUGCCCCUCAGAAACAGUGUGCUAAGCCAGGUGUGGUGACGCACGCCUGUAAUCCUAGCACUCAGGAGGCUGAGACAGGAGGGUCACCAUGAGUUCAAGGCCAGGCUGGGCUACAUAGAGAGACCCUGUCUCAAAAGUCAAACAAAGAGAAACAGCAUGCUGCCUCCCUGGCUGAUCUCCCAGCUUGCCACAGCUAAAUGUAAUGUUCUGGUUGUUUUCUUU